GCGGGCCAGUGAACGCACCACGUCAAUGUGAAUGGCUGACAUUUAACCGAGGCCGCCGCCCCCCUCCCUCUCCGUCUUCCUCCUCUUAUGGACUGACUGCGACAGCUGUUGAUGUGCGCUUCAUCUUCGUGAAGUUGGGGGCAAAGCCGAAGGCAUGCCGCUGGCUCGCAGCCUGUCCGUGACGUCCCUGUCGGGCCUGGAGGAGUGGGACGAGGAGUUUGAUUUGGAGGAUGCUGUUCUUUUUGAAAUCGCCUGGGAGGUGGCGAACAAAGUCGGAGGCAUCUACACCGUCAUCCAGACCAAAGCCCGUCUGACCGCGGAGGAAUGGGGGGAGAACUAUUUCCUGGUGGGUCCCUACGUGGAGAGCAACGUGCGCACUCAGGUGGAGCUGAUCGAGCCCACCAACCCCGUGCUGAAGAGGACCAUUGACAAGAUGAACGCCAGUGGGUGUAAGGUUUACUUCGGCCGCUGGCUGAUUGAGGGGAGUCCCUACGUGGUUCUGAUCGACGUGGCCUUCACCGCCUGGUCUCUGGACCGCUGGAAGAGCGAGCUGUGGGACCUGUGUGCCAUCGGCGUGCCGUGGUUUGACCGAGAGGCCAACGACGCCGUGCUGUUCGGCUUCCUGACGGCCUGGCUGCUGGGCGAGUACGCAGCUCAGAGCGAGGAGCCUCCGCACAUCGUGGCUCAUUUCCACGAGUGGCUGGCCGGCCUGGGCCUGGUCCUGUGCCGACACAGACAGUUACCUGUGGCUACCAUCUUCACCACUCAUGCUACGCUGCUGGGACGCUACCUGUGUGCUGGAAACGUGGACUUCUACAAUAACCUGGCAGAGUUCAACGUGGAUAAAGAAGCUGGCGAUCGACAGAUCUACCACCGCUACUGUCUGGAGCGGGCGGCGUGUCACUGCGCCCACGUCUUCACCACCGUGUCCCAGAUCACAGCCAUCGAGGCCGAGCACCUUCUCAAGAGGAAACCAGAUGUCGUCACUCCCAACGGACUCAACGUGAAGAAGUUCUCAGCCGUGCACGAGUUUCAGAACCUCCACGCUCAGAGCAAGAACCGGAUCCAGGAGUUCGUCCGGGGACAUUUCUACGGACACCUGGACUUCAACCUGGACAAGUGUCUGUUCCUCUUCAUCGCCGGGAGGUACGAGUUCUCCAACAAAGGAGCCGACAUCUUCCUGGAGGCGUUGGCCAGACUCAACUACCUGCUCAGAGUCAACCACAGCGACGUGACGGUCAUCGCCUUCUUCAUCAUGCCCGCUCGGACAAACAACUUCAACGUGGAGACGCUGAAGGGCCAAGCCGUCAGGAAGCAGCUGUGGGACACCGCUCAGACUGUGAAGGAACGCUUCGGGAAGAAACUCUACGAGUCUCUUCUGGUUGGGCAGCUGCCAGACGUGUCCAAGAUGCUGGACAAGGAGGACUUCACCAUCAUGAAGCGAGCCAUCUUUGCCACUCAGAGACAGUGUCAGCCCCCGAUCUGCACCCACAACAUGCUGGAGGACAGCAGCGACCCCAUCCUCAACUGUGUGCGACGCAUCGGCCUCUUCAACAGCUCUGCAGACCGGGUCAAGAUCAUCUUCCAUCCAGAGUUCCUGUCCUCCACCUCCCCUCUGCUCCCCAUGGACUACGAGGAGUUUGUCAGAGGCUGCCACCUCGGCGUCUUCCCCUCCUACUAUGAACCGUGGGGCUACACACCAGCUGAGUGCACCGUCAUGGGGAUUCCUUCGAUCUCCACCAACCUGUCGGGCUUUGGCUGUUUCAUGGAGGAGCACAUAGCCGACCCCUCAGCAUACGGUAUUUACAUCCUGGACCGGAGGUACCGGGGGGUCGACGAGUCCUGCAACCAGCUCACUUCGUUCCUGUUCCAGUUCUGCAAGCAGAGCCGCCGCCAGCGGAUCAUCCAGAGGAACCGCACCGAGCGCCUCAGCGACCUGCUGGACUGGAGAUACCUGGGCCGGUAUUAUAUAUCAGCCCGUCACAUGGCCCUGGCUAAAGCCUUCCCUGACUCCUACAUGUACGAGCCCAAUGAGCCCAGCUCGGCUGCAGGUUUCCGUUACCCCCGCCCGGCCUCUGUGCCGCCGUCCCCGGCUCUGUCCCGCCACUCGUCCCCUCACCACAGCGAGGCGGAGGACAACGACGAGGACGAGCGCUACGACGAGGACCUGGAGGCGGAGAAGGACCGCGUGAACAUCCGCCAGCCGUACACGCUGCCCUCGAAGAACAAGGGCCUCUCCGUCCUCGGGGCCAACGGGAACAGCAACGGCGUCACCAGCCAGAAAAACUGAGGAAGGCGGAACCUGCUACAAGGCCACUAGUGAAACUCCGUGUGUUCGUCCGCGUGCUCCAAACCUGCAGAUGUGUGAGAGAGUUCAGUAUCACUGUCAGUGUCUUCCCAACCCGUGCGUACCUCAGACUUUUAGCCGUUGGAUCUGUUUUAGUUUCAGUUGCUCCAGAGAGCAGCCGGGAGAACAGGCAGCAGCUCAGUCACAAAAAUCAGGAUUGCUGGAUUUUGUAGGGUACAACACUGAAUAAGACACAGCCUAGAAAUUUUUUUUUUUUUACUUGAUUCAAAGGCAGGAGAACAACACAAUCCUGCCUUUCACCAGCUUUCCACGUUUUCCUGUGAACCUUUCAGACGUAGCUUUCUACUCGUGUGACGAUGACGAUGCACCUCUUUAAACUUGUAGCAUUUUCUUGAUUUUUAAAACGCCUUGUUCACCAGAAACGUCCCAGAAUGGAAAUACGAUGCGGAGCAGCCCGGCGUCAGAGCUGACAGGUCUGCUCUCAUUUGGUUUCCACGCCUUAUUGUGUCACAGCUUUUUGUUUCGUUGUUUUUUUAGUGCUGACGUCUUUCUGCCUGUGUGUGGAGAUCAUGUUUUCAUGGAGGAAUCAGGACGGGGUUUAUGUGUUGCAAUGAGACCGGUCCCAGUGUUUAAACGGGCGCGUUCACUCCCUGUAAGACUUAGAAACUUGCACCAGAUGAACUUAUAAUAAAGUUGAUAUAUAUAUAUAUCUCUAUAUAUAAAAACUGUGUUUUACAAAUGAA